AUGACAGUGUAUAGCAAAACAGCCGACACUAGGCCGACAGCAGGCUUGUUGGACGAAUGGAUGGCCGAAUGGAACAUCGAUCAGCAUGAUGUAAUACGCACUCAAGUGCCCGAGCUUCAUCCGAGCAAGGGUAUGAAAACCUAUCACUCGCUAGAGGCACCCAGGAGGUGCAACCACUAGGCUUCUUUACGACAACCAAAUGGGGAGGUAACCAAGUAGUAUUUUGCGCCAAUGAUAACAUCAUACUUGUUACUGGCAUAAGGACUGCUUACAAAAUGGCGGUGACGGAAAGCAUUGAAUUUCGCUGACAGCACAGUACAGCAACUGCCUGGUAUAAGUUUUUUUUUUUUUUGUACCAGACUCUGGCGCUUUUCUCAUUUUGGUUUAUAACAAUAAUUAGAUGUAUGUAUAAGGAAGGGUGGGAUGAGAUGUCAGGACGUCAACGAAGUGGGGAGGGCGGGCACCGGAUCUUGGAAGAAAAUUCAAGCGGGAUUUGACGGACCAAUCAGCCAAGGAUGGCUAUUCUUUCCUAAUUGGGUCACAUCAGCUCGAUUUUUACCCCUUAAGAUAUCAGCCAGCUACCCUUGUUAAAGUAGCCCACGAGUCCACAACAUGCCUACUACGUACCUAGGUAGGCAUUUACUUAGCCGGUAAGAGAGAAAAAAGCCAUUUACCGUUCCUUUGACCCGAGCUUUGGG